AUGGCGAAGACCAUCGACAACGCGUGCGCGGACGAACCGUCGGCUCUGCCCUUCAAGACCGGAGGCCCGCUCGCCCGGAAUCAAGAAUACCUGAUCUUCUACUUCUUGACCGUCUCCUCGUGGGGGCUGCAGAUCGCAUCGGCAUGUCUGGGAUCCCUCUACGGCGCGCAAAGCCACUAUUUCAUCGCCACGGUCUCGCCCUUUUUCGCCACCCACUGGAUGGCGUUUCUCCAAACUUGCUGGUUGAUGGCGACCGCGCCCCGAAACACAGUGGCCGAUCGAGUUUCCUAUCUCAAUCUCGCGUGUCGAUUUCAACGUCUUUGCGCUCCUACCGCCCUGAUCGGUAUGAUCACGUGGGCGGUCGGAUAUCGAUUUCGCGGCAAAGCGUCCAGCCAGGCGUACUGGAUUAUAUGGCUCGUGGUGUGGAUCAUGGAGACCGUGAUUUGUAUCAUGAACGUGUACAACAACAUCAACUGGGAGAGCGAUCUCCUGUAUCAGAUCGCACCGGACUACCCCCAGGGGAACUACUGGUUGGGCAUCCUGGGAAUCCGAAGUAUCUGUCGGACAAAGUACCGGAACCCCAAAGACGACGGCUUUGAAAUGACCGACGGAGCGACUCUGCGGGAGGAGAUUUGA